UUCUCAGCUGAUUUCAGUUUUCCAAUUUAAAGUAUGUCCUGUUGUGUACCAUACUGUGAUCCGGAGGGUCAAAGUUUCACCCUACAAUUUCCUCGCAGUCAUUAUCUUUUUGAACGCUGGCGAAAAGCAAUUGAACUGGGAUCAGGUUUCCCACUACCGGCUGAUGGCGACCCGCUGCAGAUGGAAAUUUGUCAACAGCACUUCGAAGCGAUAGAUCAGUAUAGUGAACCUGUUAUCUUCAGAAAUCAAAAGAUGGGUCGAAAAAUUUAUCUUUCUAGCUGUAGACUAUGCUUGGAGUUCAACUAUUCCGAGCGUGUUACAUUAAUGUGUGGCGAACACAUUAUGGGGGGUGCUUCCAUAGAGGAUUUACUGAAAACGUUGUUCAGUAUCCAGCUUGAUAGCUCUACGUUUCUGUAUGCCAUUUGCAACUGUUGUCUCGUUCGGUUGGAUCUAGUUGCAAACACACGGAAACAAUUUAAAGCGAAUGCUAAGCUUUGGCAUAAAAUGAACAUUUUUAUCAAGGAGGAAAACCGAUUGAGAUACAACAAAAAUGAACAAGUAUUCUCCAAAAAGGUUCAAACAAUAAACGAAAAACCCAGCAUCGUGAAACAUGUUAACAUAGAUGAAGCCCCAAUAGCAGAAAACGUAUUUCUAGAGGUAAAAAUGAAGCUGGAAUCAGACCUAGUUGCGAUAUCAUCUAUUGAAGAUGACCCGACAGAUAAUUCUGUUUCACAGAAUGAACAGGAAAUUAUUGAUCUUGAAAAUAACGAUGGCCAAAUUCUCGAUUCAGAAGUACAGCAAACAGAAGAGAAAAUAAACCCCAGUUCGAUAACAAAAUGUGAAUCUCAAAAAGCACGCGUUGGAAGACCGCGUAGUAAAAACGUUAUAAGUUCUAAAACAAAAAUAUCACUUAAAGGUAUAACGGAACGUAAGUGUUAUAUGUGCGUACGAUUGUUUGAAACAGCCGAAGAACUGUUUUCCCACAUGAUCGCUCAUGUUGAUCAGAGUUUAACUUGCGAAGUUUGCAAAGAAUCAUUUACAAACCUAACGAAAUAUAACCGCCAUCUAGGAAAACAUGAUCCAGUGGAGCGACCCAACAAAUGUGACCAUUGUGAGUUACGAUUUACCGAUAAUUUAGGAAAACGUCGCCACGAAAAACAGCGGCACCAGGUAGAUCAUUCGGUUACUGUAUUCACUGGACCUAAAAGACGAAGGGUAAAAUUCACCUGUCAACAUUGCGGCAAACAGUGCCAAUCUUUGGCGUUCUUAAAGGAACAUGAAGAUGGACAUGCAGGUAUCAAGCGGCACGAAUGCAGAUCAUGUGGGCGUCUGUUUGCAAAUAAAAAUAACCUGGAACGCCAUCAUCUGAUUCACACUUCAGAGAAACCUUAUAAAUGCGACACUUGCGGAAAAGCUUUUCGACAAUCUCCAAUGUAUAAGGACCAUUUACGAUUGCACUCAGGAGAAACUCCUUAUGAUUGCUCAGGAUGUGAUAUGCAAUUCUCGUCUACGACAUUACUCCGAAAACAUAAAAUACGCUAUCAUGGAACUGUUGGGAUCUCAUCAAGUGGUGGCUUGUACAGCGUACGACCCCAUAACUCGUGUCGUUUUUGUUUGAAAUCAUUCAAAAGACACGCUUUACUCAUUGAGCACAUACAGCAGAUCCACGCACAGGAAGAAAUAGAAUAUUUCACGUGUCCCACCUGCGAACAGCGAUUUGUUGUGAAGCAAGCGUUCGAAACGCAUCUUCGUAAUCACGAGAAAAACUUCCAGUGUGAAUUCUGCGACAAAUCGUUUAGCACACUACAAGCUCUUAAAUUCCAUCAACCGGUUCACGAUGGAAUUCGUGGUUACCCCUGCAAGACUUGUUCGAAAUCGUUCACCCAUGUUGCUAAUCUUAAACGGCACGAGCUGCUUCAUUUAGGAAUUAAACGGUAUGAGUGCGAUUUUUGCGGAAAACGAUUCGCACAAUCCAACCAGUUGCACACUCAUCGACGGACGCAUACCGGCGAAAAACCGUACCAGUGUCAAAAGUGUGGGAAACGGUUUGCAGAUAAUAGUACACUGUGUAAACAUCGGAAAAGCGUCUGCAAGUCCGACUAAAUUAGUUAACUCAUAAAUUAUUUCGUAGAAAAAAGCUAAAUACUUUUUUUACUAAAAUAUUGGAGAAGUUGUAGUUGGACCAGAUCAUUGUCUUUUUUAGUUUUGUAUGCACCAACUGAAUGUUCUGCUAUAGUAGUAGUGCCAGUACUACUGUUUUAAAUAACACUUUUAGUUUUCCUUGAAAAUUCAGGAUUUUCCUAAAUUUUGAUGAUUGUUUUUAUUAUUUAUAUAUAUAUGCAAAGUAAAUUUC